AAGUUUAAUCGAACCCUAAAGCCCUUCGUCAUUUUCCUCUCUCCCUUGGUUAGCCUCCGACGUCUUCUACGCUCCCGACGGUGUACUGCUGCGGCAUCCGACGGGACCAACUAUUCAAAUCGCUUAAUUCUUACGAUCCACGCUCCGACCGAUCUCAAUUCUUGACACCCACGAUCUCACGGCUGCAGAUCUGCAAGUUUGAACGCCUUCGAACUUAGUUCGUCAAGCUCAAGCUCGUUUGGUGAGAAAUAGUGGAAGCUAGUUACUGAGCAAGAGAUGUCGUACUUGCUGCCACAUCUUCAUUCAGGAUGGGCUGUUGACCAGGCAAUCCUUGCAGAAGAAGAACGUCUUGUGGUCAUUCGUUUCGGUCAUGAUUGGGAUGAAACUUGUAUGCAGAUGGAUGAAGUGUUGGCCUCGGUUGCAGAGACUAUUAAGAACUUUGCUGUAAUAUACCUUGUGGAUAUCACAGAGGUUCCUGAUUUCAACACAAUGUACGAGCUUUAUGAUCCAUCCACUGUUAUGUUCUUCUUUAGGAACAAGCACAUAAUGAUUGAUCUUGGUACUGGAAACAACAAUAAGAUAAACUGGGCACUUAAGGAUAAGCAGGAGUUCAUUGAUAUCAUUGAAACAGUCUAUCGUGGAGCAAGGAAAGGACGUGGUUUAGUCAUUGCACCUAAGGACUAUUCGACCAAAUAUCGCUACUAAGAUUUUCUGCUGCAUCUGAAAGUUCGUAUUGAUCUUAAACAUGUACUAUAUGACAUUAAUAACCUCCUAAGCAAAAGUAAUGGUUUAUUCUGGUAUGUUAAGGUACUACCCUGUUUGUGAAUAAAAGUGUAUGGUACACAAAUUUAACGUUUAUUUCUAAUGUUGAAUUGAAUCUUAAUUAUGCUAUAUUUAUGAUGGAAUAUACUGUCCUUUUCCA